AUGUGGUGGCAUCAGCAUAACCUAUGUUUCCGGCACCCUGUCGAAGAAGAUUACUCCUCAGGGGAUCUGGAUAAAAAGGUAGCAACAAUUGCAGAGACAAAUGAGCCUGCAGAAUCAGAAGGUGUAAUCGAUUCCCAUAAACGGCGAGAAGUCCUUUCACGAAGACCUUCCUAUAGAAAAAUACUGAAUGACUUUUCCUCUGAUGUGCCUGGUAUUCCCAAGAUUGAAGAAGAAAAAUCAGAGGAAGAAGGAACACCACCUAGCAUUGCUACCAUGGCAGUGCCAACUAGCAUUUACCAGACUAGCACGGGACAAUACAUUGCUAUAGCCCAAGGUGGAGCAAUCCAGAUUACUAACCCAGGAUCUGAUGGUGUUCCUCCGGGACUGCCGGCAUUAACAAUGACAAAUCCAGGAGCUCCUCCGCCAGGUGCGACAAUUGUACAGUACGCAGCCCAGUCACCUGAUGGCACACAGCAGUUCUUUGUCCCAGGCAGCCAGGUUGUUGUUCAAGAUGAGGAAACUGAACUUGCCCCAAGUCACAUGGCCGCUGCCACGGGUGACAUGCCAGCUUACCAGAUCCGGGCUCCUACCGCUGCUUUGCCGCAGGGCAUGGUGAUGGCUGCCUCACCGGGAAGUCUGCACAGCCCCCAGCAGCUAGCCGAAGAAGCGACCCGCAAGCGGGAGCUGCGGCUGAUGAAAAACAGGGAAGCCGCCAAAGAGUGUCGACGUAGGAAAAAAGAAUAUGUCAAAUGUCUGGAGAGCCGAGUCGCAGUGCUGGAAGUCCAGAACAAGAAGCUUAUAGAGGAGCUGGAGACCUUGAAAGACAUUUGCUCUCCCAAAACAGAUCAGUAGAAGUAUCUUAACUAUGAACUGACUACAGCAUGUACAGUUGCUUUUCAAUGCAAUACAAUAUAUAGCCAGCAAGAACUAUGGCUUCCCCUUGUAUCUUUCACCUUCCUUUCUAAUACCUGACAUUCCUCAAAUGCUUUGUUGUAUUUAGUUAACUCUUACCUAUAGGGACAAUUUUUUUUUUAGAAGAGACAAACUGUAAAAAAUGUAUGUAACACAUUUUUAAGUUGAAAUAUGUGUAAGAUUUGUUCCAACACUACAUAUUGCAGUUCCAGUCUCUGUCAUGAGUAGUGCCCUAUGCAUAAAGUUUUGCAGGUCUUUUACAUGUCAUUUUAGGGAAGGAUGAUCAAGGGUAAUGCAUCUAGAAGAACAAUAGAUCAAACCACAGAAAUACCUCAGGAAAGAAUCGGAAGUGUAUCUUAAUGGCAUGUCUAUAUGAGAAGAAUAGCCUACAAGUGAAUUUAUGGCAUUUAUAGAUUUUUAUAUGUUUCUUUGUAAAGAAAAUAUUGUACUGCUGUCCUUGGACGCCACAGUUGAAGGCAGUUUUGAAUAGAACCAUGUUGGUUGCUCUUUGUA